ACUACGUACACAAUCACUGGCCAGUCUCUGUAGCCUUUGUCGUAGUAGCAUAGCCAUGGCGGCGACGCGCAAAACCAGCAGCACGGUGGUUGCAAUGGCAGCCCUGACUCUGACGGCGAGCCUCCUCUUCCUCGCUGGCAGCUCGGAGGCGGCCUGCCCCAGCAAGGCGCAAACGCCGAGCACGCCGACCACGACACCGGUGCCGGUGCCGGCGACGAGAGGGAGCGGCGGAAGCGGAAGUAAGUGCUCCGUGGACGCGCUGAAGCUCGGGGUGUGUGCGGACGUGCUGGGCCUGGGCGGCGAGCUAACGAACCUGCUGGCGGGCUCGCGGUCGACUGCGUCCAAGACGAAGAAGCCGUGCUGCGAGCUCAUCGCCGGCCUGGUUGAUCUGGACGCCGCCGUGUGCCUCUGCACCGCCAUCAAGGCCAAUGUUCUCGGCGUCGUCGACCUCAGCCUGCCUCUCCAGCUCGGCCUCCUCGUCAACCACUGCGACAAGAAGCUCCCAGCUGGCUUCCAGUGCCCUAACUGAUUAACCGAUCCCGUACGUAGUGCGGUAAUGGCACAGGCGAUCGCAUCACUUCCAUCGUUACACGCACGCAUGGGAACUUGAAAUAUUCGUCAAUGUGUGUGUGUUUUCUACAACAAAAUUAAGUCUGUAUUUUUACAGUUUAUUUUACCGGGCGGCCCUAGCUGGCGCUCGCGCGCCAGGAUCUUAUUGCGCGAUCGGUU